GGAUGGGCGAAAUUCGUUUCAAGGGGGACGGGAGGAUCGUUGGCAAGGGCGACCGCGACUACCCAAUGGGCAGAGAUAUAACAACUUCACUCCGCUUAAUGCCCAGAUGGGUGAAGUCCUAGUAGCCAUGGAGGAAAAGCUGGAUGGUAAGGAAAUCACGUGGCCAGCGACAAGAUUCGAGGGACCGACCAAGCCAAGGUCGGGCAGAUACUGCAGAUUCCAUAGGGAUUAUGGACAUAACACGGCGGACUGCAGACAUCUGAAGGACGAGAUUGAACGAUUAAUAAGAGCAGGACAUUUGAAGGAAUUUGUCAUCCAGGAUCGACCACGAGGAAAGGAGAAAAGGAAGUGCAGGGAGGAGUCAGUGAUGAGAAAUGACAGGGACGAUGAUAGAGAGGAUGACGACAGGAGGGAGAAAAGGAGUCGAGACAAUGAUCCUCGAGAGGAGCCUAGGAGGGAGCUUCCACUAAAGAGAGGCACCAUUUACAUGAUUUCUGGGGGGCCCACGGAUGGGGACUCGAACAAUGCACGAAAGGGACAUGUGCGAGCGGCAAAGCGAAAGAGAGAGGAAGUUGGGAUAACUGGUCGAAUGCCGGUGAUUAGUUUUCGAGCAGAAGAUGCAGAAGGGGUUUUAUUGCCCCACAAUGAUGCGCUUGUUAUCACUGCAGAAGUGGCUGGUUUCGAUGUGAAGAGGGUGUUCAUCGACACAGGAAGUUCGGUCGACGUCAUGUUCUACGACUGCUUCACGCAGAUCAACAAACACCUGAAUCUGGAGCUGAAGCCGGUGUCGACGGCCUUGUACGGUUUCAACGGAGGAGAGGUGAUGCCGAUGGGUGAAGUUAGCCUAACUAUGGCGCUGGGAUCGGGCGACACCAGGAAGGUGAGGAUGGUGCAUUUCGUAGUAGUAGGAGCAGAGUCGUCCUACAACAUCAUAUUAGGACGAACAGGAUUGAACGCGUUCCAAGCGGUUGUGUCUACAUACCACAUGACGAUUAAAUAUCCGGUGGGAGAAAAUGUGGGCGAGGUUGUUGGAGACCAACUCGCGUCGAGGAGUUGUUACCAAGCCACCGUUAGUAAUAACAAGCAAAUGGCGAGGAAGCAGGUGAAGAGGGGGGAAGAUGGACCUGAUCGACCAGGGGGAUCAAGGUCAAAGGAGGAGAAAGGGUGGCAAAGCAAGGGAAAAGAGAAAAUGGACAUGCAACCGGGAGGUGAGGUGGAGGAGGUCCAGAUGGUAGAAGGGAAAGAUGAUCGGAAGUUUAGGAUUGGGAAAGAGCUGGAAGAACCAAUCAGAUUGAGAUUGGUGGAAUUAAUAAGGGAGUUUGCGGAUAUCUUCGCAUAUACAGCAGGGGAGCUAACGGGGAUAGAGGCCAGGGUGAUUGAGCAUCGACUGAACAUUGAUCUUACUGUGAAGCCGGUGAAACAAAAGAGGAGGCACCAUGGAGCGAAGAUGGACAAAAUAAUAGAACAGGAGGUCGAAAAACUCUUAAAUGCUAGACAUAUUAAGAAAAUACAAUUUCCCGAAUGGUUGUCCAACACAGUCAUGGUAUCUAAAUCAGGGGGGAAGUGGAGGAUGUGCAUUGAUUUUCGCGACCUAAAUAAAGCAUGCCCGAAGGACCUAUACCCAUUGCCACGGAUCGACCAGUUGGUAGACUCCACGGCAGGAUGUGAACUCCUCAGUUUGAUGGACGCCUCGCAAGGCUAUCACCAGAUCCCUUUGGCAAAGGAUGAUUGGAAAAGAGUGAGUUUUAUCACGAGCAAGGGCACCUAUUGUUAUGUGGUGAUGCCGUUUGGGCUGAAGAACGCUGGAGCAACCUAUCAAAGGCUGGUCGACCAGAUAUUCAAAGAUCAGUUGGGGAGGAACAUGGAGGUGUACGUAGAUGACAUGAUGGUUAAAAUCAAAAAGGAGGCGGACCACACAAGUGAUUUGAGGGAGACUUUCCAAACACUAAGAAGGUACGGCAUGAAGCUUAACCCAGCUAAAUGCUCAUUUGGGGUGAAAGCAGGGAAAUAUCUAGGUUAUAUGGUGACCAAGCGGGGAAUAGAGGUGAACCCAGAGAAGGUGCGGGCCGUCAUCGAGAUGAAGCCACCGUCCAGCGUGAAGGAGGUUCAAAUCUUAACUGGUCGAAUAGCUGGCCUAAGCAGAUUCAUUACCAAAGUGGCCGAGAAAAGCAGUCCUCUGUUCAAAACAUUAAAGAAGAGCUCGAGAUUCCAAUGGACAGAGGGAGCGCAGAAAGCUUUCGAGGAACUGCGGGAGGUAUUGGUGAAUUUGCCAUUGCUAGCUAAACCAGUGCCUGGAGAGGAGCUCAUACUCUAUAUAUCUGUGGGCGAACGCGCAGUAAGCUCGGUACUGUUGCGCGAGGAGGGAGCAGCUCAGUUCCCCAUAUAUUAUGUUAGCCGAGUGAUGCAGGGAGCGGAGUUGAAGUAUUCAGAGAUUGAGAAAUGCGCGCUGGCGGUGGUCAUGACAGUCAGAAAAUUACGACCGUACUUCUUGAACCACAGGGUCAGGGUGCGGACGAACAUGCCCUUAGCGCAAACAUUGGGUCAACCAGCAGUAUCAGGUCGACUCGUAAAGUGGGCGGUCGAGCUGAGCGAAUACUCUAUA